AUGUCAUUUGAACCAUCUACUGAUGGUGUAAAAGGUCGUUACACAGUUGUUUGGUGUACGGAGGCAGAUGAAAAUGUAACUGAAUGGGAUCUUAUUAUACGAUAUUAUGAGACACGCAAACCUGAAAAGUGUAAGCAUUACGAUUUAAAGCACCCUCCACCAUUGGGUCAAGCACACUCUCAUAUACGGCAAGAUGUUAAAAUAAACCGUAAUUGUACAAAUGCUUGCUUUUCAACAUCAGUUGAUCUGAUAUUCCAAGCAUGCUAUGCCAUUAAGAGCAUGCUAAUGAGAGGGAUCCACAGUUCUGAAGGUCAUGAUUCCUUUCAUUAUGUAAGGAAUAACUUCACUGAUGUCAGAUCACUAAGAGCUAGUACUCCUGCUGUCAAAUUUGUCAAUUACAAUGACUAUGUGUCAGCCAUUUGGUUCCUUGGCUCUGUCCCUGCUGGCAACUUCACAAUGGAUAUCUGCAGUAUUAAUGGCACGUUGCCUUCUGAGGUAUGUUUCGACGUGACAGACAACUGUACGAGCGCGCUGUACGACAUCUCGUGCUAUCUCAGUCCGCCGCACGGUUUCUACAGCAUCCGGCUGGUGCACUUCGCACCUUGGGUGUACGGCCGCAUCGCCGUCGAAAGCGCACAUUCAGAGUUUGAGCACUUCGGGCUGCCGGUGGCGGUGGGGGCGGUGCCGGCACUGGGCGGUGUGAGCUGGGCGUGGACGUGGGCGUGGGGCGUGCUAGGGCUGUGCGCGCUGGGCGCGGUGGGCUCGCUGUGCGCGCUGCUGGCCAGCCGCGCGCGCGUGCAGGCCAAGCUGCGCAGCUCCGUGCGGGCCGCCUGGCUGCACUCGAGCGAAUCGAGCGGCAAAACGUGCGUGAGUGGUGGUGCUGGUGGUGAGGCCGGCGUGCGCGUGCUGCUGCUGUACGCGCGCGACUGCGCACGCGCAGUGGCGGCGGCGCGCAGCCUGGCGCGCCUGCUGCACCACGUCGCACCGCAACGGGUGUACUCGCUGUACUCGGGCGAGGUGUGCGCGAUGUCGGGCGGCGCGCCCGCAGAGUGGCUGCGCGCGUUCGUGGCGCGGGCGGACGCGCGCGUGGUGCUGCUGCAGACGCCGGCCGCCGCCUGCCUGUGCGCCGCGCAGCUGGUGCAGCGCGGCCGCGCGCUCACGCUGGAGCAACCACUUCUUGGGCGUGUAGUGGCCCGAGAGCCACAUAGUGGAGACGCGCUACUGCGGCUAGCAUUGCGUCUCCUUAGCGAGGCCGCUGCCACACCUGUCUGUACCACCGGUGCCACUGAUACUGACAACGCUGCCACUGUCACCGCCGCACAUCCCUACCGCAAAUAUUACAUUGCCUCGAUAUCAGGCCUGGAGGCAGAGGUUGUGCCGCUGGUGACUCCACAGCGCCGGUACCUACUGCCCGAGGCUGCCAUGACGCUGCUGCGAGACUUGGGUUACGAGAACCAGCAUUUGGACCAGCAGCUAGAGCAAGACCUGCAACAGCUGGACCAUGAUCUGCGAGAGUUUCUCUCCUACGUGGCCGAGCACCCGGACUAUCUCAACGACGAGCUACUCUUCCUGUGA